GUGGGGUGGAGAAAGAGAACUCCUUGGAAAGAGAGUUGCCUUUCCCACAAGAACUUGAGUAAAUAAAGAACAGGCAAUCUGCAAAGCUAUAGCAGGCUAAAGAAUUACGUCAUUUGGAGUGCAAUAAGCAUCUCAGGUAAGCAAAAUGGAAUAUGGGGAUAAGCCUAUCUUAAGUAUUGUGUGUUGAAAAAUCCUUUACGUGAAGGCCUUGCUCUGCCUUUAAAACAAGUUAUUUGCUCUUAUCAUUAGUUUUGUCAGUAUUUCCUACUGGCCAUAGAUUCUUUCAUAGGAAGAAUGCUAGGGAGUGGAUCUGGAUAGAGAAUGGUAUGAGUACGGCUGAUUCACAGGCUCGCAGCCAGAGCCAGCAAAAGAACGUGGAACUCCAUGCAGAGAAGGUUGUGGCACAAGAGCGGUCAUCCAGGAGCACAUGCACCACCCAGAACUACAGGGAACAGAAAACAAUGCAAAGGGACUCCUGAGAGGUGGGGGGAGCCCAUGGACACACAUGACUAGUUCAAUAACCAGUUUGUUACAUGAAGCCAUCUAGCAUACCAUUCAAACGAACAGGUAAGGUCUAAAGAAAGGUAAAUUCAUUCCAGAGGAACGCUCUGGGUUCACAAGCCUUAAUCUUCAGGAGCCAGGAAGGUGUCUGCAAAGACAGCCGUUCUUUAUCGAAGGAAAAUAUCUUUGGAAUUAUGUCCCACACAGAAGCUCCCUUUGAAAGCGCCGGUAUCUCCAGGGAGUUGUGCAGAGCGGUCUGGCUGAGCUGUGCCCGCUGCUGCUUUAAGGGAGAACACACGAGUCAGCAGUUCAGAAAUUGGGAUCCAGAGACACAGUGUUGUCUCUCUUGAGAACUCUGUGCUUCAGGCUUUCUGCAUUUUCACAGAUAAACCAGCCAGGUGAAGCAAACAAAGACUGCAUUGAAAACAGGCUUUCAAUGCCUUUUCUGCCUUUCAAUGGCAGAGCCUGAGUUGUCCCAGUUUUUGUCCCACAGAAGUCAAGGUGAACGAAUUAAAAAGCCCGUCCCUCUUCAAGAGCAGACUGUUAAAGAUGCAAAGGGUCGAUAUCAGCGUUUUCAUGGAGCAUUUACUGGUGGCUUCUCUGCUGGUUACUUUAACACUGUUGGCACAAAGGAAGGAUGGACACCUUCAGCUUUUAUAUCAUCACGGCAGAAGAGAGCAGACAGAACUGUUCUUGGACCAGAAGACUUCAUGGAUGAAGAGGAUCUUAGUGAAUUUGGGAUAGCACCAAAAGAUAUUACAACCACAGAUGAUUUUGCAUCCAAAGCUAAAGACAGAAUAAAAGAGAAAGCUAGACAGAUUGCAGGAGUCGUUGCUGCCAUUCCAGGAACUAGUGCAUUUGAUGAUUUAAUAGGACCAUCAAAAAUAACAAUUGGAGUUGAACUGUUGCGAAAAAUGGGUUGGAAAGAAGGACAAGGAAUUGGACCGCGAGUCAAGAGAAAGCCACGUAGGCAGAAACCUGACCCUGAAGUGAAAAUAUAUGGUUGUGCAUUACCACCUGGACUCUCGGAAGGUUCUGAGGAUGAAGAGGAUGAGUACCAGCCAGAGAAUGUGACGUUUGCACCAAAAGAUGUAAUGCCUGUAGAUUUGACUCCAAAAGAGAAUGUCCAUGGACUUGGCUAUAAGGGCUUGGACCCCUCCCAAGCUUUGUUUGGUGCUUCUGGAAAAGAACACCUUAAUCUAUUUGCAGCUGAUUCUGAAGACCCAAGUAAUUUAAUUGGUGAUGUGAGAAACAAUAGAAGAAGAAAACUAGGUAUCACAGGCCAGGCUUUUGGUGUAGGAGCUUUAGAGGAGGAAGAUGAUGAUAUUUAUGCAACCGAAACAUUGUCAAAAUAUGAUACGGUUCUAAAAGAUGAAGAACCUGGAGAUGGCUUGUAUGGCUGGACAGCGCCUAAGGAGUAUAGAUCCAAAAAAAGGUCUGAAACAGAAGUUAAAUAUAUAGGCAAAAUCUUGGAUGGCUUUUCCUUGGCAUCAAAGCCAUCAGCUCCAAACAAGAUUUAUCUGCCACCUGACCUGCCACGAAAUUACAGACCAGUCCAUUACUUUCGACCUGUAAUAGCAGCUGGGAAUGAAAACUACCGUUUACAAAAGGCAUUAGAGGAAUCAACUGGAAAACUGGGGAGUGACACAGCACAGCAAAGCAGGCAUGCACUGAAUGCGUCUCAGAGGAGGGAACAACUAGGAGAGACCGUUCUAAAAGGUCCAGCUCCUUCUGUUUUGGAAUACCUAUCUGAGAAAGACAGAGAAAGACUUAAAGUAGUAAAGCAAGCAUCUGAACAACAACUGAAAGCGAAAAUGUUGCCUCAGCAGCCACGGAAUAGCAGAUUCCAGCCAGCCUCCCCAAACGAUGCUUCUCACAAAUGGCAAAUGUUGUUGGGGGGACAGUUAGCAAAUGCUGGUUCUAGUGACUUCAAACCAUUUGCAAAAGAUCCAGAAAAACAAAAAAGAUAUGAAAGUUUUGUGAAAAGCCUUAAACAAGGAGAAAAAGUGGAUACGUUGGAGCGUUACUUAGACCCAAGUAUGACUGAAUGGGAACGAGGGAGAGAACAAGAAGAAUUCUUCCGUGCAGCAAUGUUCUACAAGUCCUCCAGCUCAACGUUGGCAUCCAGGUUUACCCGGGCCAAAUACGAAGAUGAUGUUGACAAAGUUGAAGUUCCUCGGGACCAGGAGAAUGAUGUUGAUGAUAAGGAAUCUGCUGUGAAGAUGAAGAUGUUUGGCAAACUCACAAGAGACAAGUUUGAAUGGCACCCUGAAAAGCUGUUGUGCAAAAGAUUUAAUGUUCCCGAUCCAUAUCCUGAGUCUUCCAUUGUCGGUUUACCAAAAGUGAAGAGAGACAAGUAUUCUGUAUUUAAUUUCUUAACUGUGUCUGAGCCUACUACAUCUGUAACUCAAGAAACAAAUGAAAGAAAACAAGAGAAUAAUAGUGUGAGCAAACCAAAGAAACCUUCAAGAUGGGACAUGUCAGAUAAAGAGAAGGAGAAAAAAGAUUCCAUCAGUGAAUUCAUUAGUCUUGCCAGAUCAAAAGCUGAUCUUCUGCAGAAGCCACCAGUGCCAACAACAGAAGAAAGCGGAACAAAGGCAGGUGAAGCGCUUCCCAGCGAGGUAGCUAAUGAGGAUAAGGAUCAGGAUCAGGAAGAAGAAAGCAGACCAUCCAUGGACUUAUUUAAGGCCAUCUUUGUGAGUUCCUCAGAUGAAAAAUCAUCUUCUGAGGAAGAGAGUGAUGAAGAACAGCAACCAUCUACUUCAGGAAUAGAUUCAGAAAGCACCAGACAAGCUGAUCCACCUGAUAGUAGUUCAUCUAACAUACAAGACAACGUGGCUGUUAAAGCUGAGCCUGCUGUUUCUUCAUUGCCUAUUCCAAAGCAGGAACAGGAUGAUGCAGAGGAAUUUGGACCAAAGUUGCCUCCGUCUUUUUUUUCUGGCUCUACAUGGCAACAAGGAACAGCGGUGCCAGCAAGUUCUCCAGGGCCUAGUAGGAAAGAAAAACAUAAAAAGAACAGAGAGAAACACAAGACCAAGAGAGAACACAAGCAUAAAAAGGAAAAGAAAAAGAAACAUAGGAAACACAAAACCAAAGGAAAACACAAGAAUAAAAAAUCAGAAAAAGACAGCAGUUCUGAUACUACAGACAGCAGUGAUAGCCUUAGUGAUAUAGAUACCACAACCUUGUCACCUAAAGAACUUCUAAGAAGAUUGAAACAACUUCAGUAUUGAAGAAGCAUCUUACUUUCUUCAGUGCUGAAUGACUUUUAGAUCUCAAAUUUUUGAUCUCCUCCAUGAUGGUAGAUCAGUCAUGUAUAUAUAUACUUUGAAGCAUUGUAGAUAAUGUAUUCAUAUUGAAUUUGUUUGAAAGUAAAUGUUUAUAUGUUUAUUUUGUGAUGUUUCAUAGGAUAAAAAUGUAAUGAUUAUGGACUGUUGAAAAAGAUUCCUUCUGUGCAGCAAAAUGUGAAAUAUUGCAGGUUCUGUUUUAAUUAACACAAAGCAAGAUAUUUUAAUAAACCAAGUACUACAAAU